CAGAGUUCGUCCAGGUCGCACCGGAAAAUUUCCGCAACGCCACUUUGUUCGUGCAUGGUCCUGAGAAGCCGGUUAUUGUCGGAGCAGAGACUGGGAAGUAGCGAGGCCGCAUAUCAGAGCAUCACCUCCGAUUAUCGGAAAUGCCGCCGCCGGCACCCAACCUGCCAAAAACUUCCUCCCCUUCUCAGCCCUCAGGGAAAAGCGAGGUCACCGACCUGAAGCUCCAACUCCGGCAGCUUGCCGGCAGCAUCGCCCCUGGAGCGGACGAUUCCCGGCGGGAGCUCUUCAAGAAGGUCAUCUCGUUCAUGACAAUAGGGAUCGACGUCUCCGCAGCAUUCAGCGAGAUGGUGAUGUGCAGCGCUACAUCGGACGUAGUCCUUAAGAAGAUGUGCUACCUCUAUGUUUGCAACUACGCCAGAUCUAACCCGGAUCUCGCCCUCCUCACUAUCAACUUUCUCCAGAAGGAUUGCCGCGACCAGGAUCCUAUGAUCCGUGGCCUUGCUCUGCGCAGCCUCUGCUCCCUCCGGGUGGCCAAUCUGGUCGAGUACCUUGUCUCCCCGCUGACGUCUGGUCUUAGGGACAGCAGCCCCUACGUACGGAUGGUUGCUGCCAUUGGGGUCCUCAAGCUCUAUCACAUUUCCCCCUCUACAUGCCUCGAUUCAGAUUUCCCAGCCAUGCUAAAGACUCUCAUGCUCACUGACCCAGAUGCACAGGUGGUUGCGAAUUGCCUGUCAUCCUUGCAGGAGAUAUGGAGCCUGGAAGCUGGUAAUUUAGAGACUGUGUCCCGUGAGAGAGAGGCUUUGCUUAGCAAGCAGGUUGUUUACUAUCUUCUAAACAGGAUCAGGGAGUUCAAUGAAUGGGCACAGUGCCUGGUACUUGAAUUAGCCUCUAAAUAUCUACCAUCUGAUAGUAGUGAGAUAUUUGACAUAAUGAACCUUCUGGAGGAUAGACUUCAACAUGCAAAUAGUGCAGUUGUCUUGGCCACAAUAAAAGUGUUUUUGUAUCUGACGAUGUCCAUGACAGAUGUUCAUCAACAGGUUUAUGAACGCAUUAAAGCACCUUUACUCACACUAGUGAGUUCCGGUAGCCCUGAACAAUCAUACGCCGUGUUGAGCCACUUACACCUAUUAGUGAUGCGAGCUCCGAUUUUGUUCUCUUCAGACUACAAACACUUCUACUGUCAGUACAGCGAACCAUCAUAUGUGCAAAAGUUGAAACUUGAGAUGUUGACUGCCAUAGCAAAUGAGAGCAAUACCUAUGAAAUUGUGACUGAGCUUUGUGAAUAUGUUGCAAAUGUUGAUAUUUCUAUUUCAAGGGAGUCAAUCAGGGCAGUUGGAAAAAUAGCAUUGCAACAAUAUGAUGUUAAUGCAAUUGUUGAUAGGCUUCUUCAGUUCUUGGAAAUGGAGAAGGAUUAUGUGACAGCUGAAACACUUGUUUUGGUGAAAGACCUUUUGAGGAAAUAUCCUCAAUGGAGUCAUGAUUGUAUUGCAGUUGUUGGAAAUAUCAGUAGCAAAAAUGUCCAAGAACCUAAGGGUAAAGCAGCUUUGAUAUGGAUGCUUGGAGAAUAUUCCAAUGAUAUGCUUGAUGCUCCUUACAUUCUAGAAAGUCUUCUGGAGAACUGGGAUGAGGAGCAUGCCGCUGAGGUUCGAUUACAUCUUUUGACUGCAACAAUGAAAUGUUUCUUUAAAAGGCCUCCUGAGGUACAGAAGGCCUUGGGUGCUGCAUUAGCAGCUGGCUUGGCUGAUUCUCAUCAGGAUGUUCAUGAUAGAGCCUUAUUCUACUACAGGCUUCUGCAAUAUGAUGUAUCUUUGGCUGAACGUGUUGUAAAUCCACCCAAACAAGCAGUUUCAGUUUUUACUGAUACCCAGAGCAGUGAAAUUAAAGAUCACAUAUUUGAUGAAUUUAAUACCCUCUCGGUUUUAUAUCAAAAGCCUGCUUACAUGUUUACUGAUAAAGAGCAUCGUGGACCAUUUGAGUUUAGUGAAGAACUUGGGAGCUUGUCCCUUGAUGCUGGCUCUGUAGAAAAUGUAAUACCCGCUCAGAGUUUUGAAGCCAGCGACAAUGAUUUACUUCUUAGCACAUCUGAAAAGGAAGAAAGUCGAGGACUGAGCAAUAAUGAUUCAGCAUACAGUGCACCUGGCUAUGAUGCCUCAUUAAUAUCUUUGGAGGAUAAGCAAGGGCAACCUGAGUCUAAUUUCGCAAGCCUGGCAAUGCCAACAAUGCUAUCACAGGCUUCAUCAGUCCUUGACGAUCUUCUUGGUUUGGGUACUCUUGAUAUCCGGCCACCUCCAACUCUAAAGCUUAAUCCAAAAGCAGUCUUAGAUCCCGGGAGUUUCCAAAGAAAGUGGGGCCAGCUAGCAACUUCUUUGUUACAGGAAUUCUCAAUAAAUCCAGAAGGAGUGGUCGCCUUGACGAUACCUCAUACGCUUCACAAACACAUGCAGGGUCACUCCAUUCAAUGCAUCGCCUCUGGCGGCCAGCCGCCAAAUCUCAAAUUUUUUUUCUUCGCACAGAAGGAUGGCGAAAAUUCUCCCUUCUUUCUUGUUGAGUGUCUCAUCAAUACAUCAUCAACAAAAGCACAGAUAAAUAUCAAGGCCGAGGAUCCCAGCCUUUCUGAGCCAUUUUCAGCUUUGUUUCAGUCUGCAUUAUUAGCUUUGGGCCCAUCUUAGAGCUAUUUUUGUAAUAAUUUUUGACAAUUGUUCAAAUUUUUUUCAGAUAUGCAUUUUAUGCCUCCAUAUGCAGUAUUAUGUUUCAUUUGUAGAAUAUGUUAUUUGAUACUGUGGAGUUAUACAAAAUAAUUGUACUUAAAACUUACAAAAGUCUAUAGAAGAGGGAUUGAAUGCA